AUGCUCCUCUUUCCCCGGUCCUGCUGUGAGGGGCCAAUAGGCGGCUGCACUUCAAUCAACAGCGGCCUGGCGGGGAUCAGCGGGCCGGGCCGGGCGUCUGGCUGCAUCAUGGUGGUGGGUCUGCCUCUCAAUGUUGUGUCGCUUUGGAUUUUACAUCAUCGCCACAGCUUCAAAUCACCAAAUGCUGUCUUCAUGAUCAACUUGGCCAUCUCAGACUUGCUGCUCAUCAUCUCCUUGCCCAUGAGAAUCUACUUUUACGCUACAGGCAGCUGGAUUCUCGGCAAACUGGCUUGCGUCUCAGUCACAAUGCUGUUUCGCAACAACCUCCGCUCCAGCUCAAUCUUCAUGACCUUCAUCAGCGUGGACAGGCUGCUUGCCGUGGUUUAUCCCCUUAGUAUCUUGAUGACCCUACACUACUAA